GUUUUCAACAGCAUCAGCCAAGAAAAAGGGGAGGGCAGCAUCUAACCCGCCAGCAGGAACCCACAACAUCAGCAAUGCCUUCGCUAAAGCCAGUGGCAAACCGGUAGUGCGUACGCGUGGGGACGGCAGCACGGAGGAGAUCACGAGCAUCAAUUUCGCCGCGCCUCCACCGCCUCAACCGACAGUGCCUUGUACGAAUGCAACCGUCGUUUCGUCAACACCCAGGGCCUUGGGGUGCACAUCAUCAAAACUGACCACGAGCGUGAAGCGAAGAUCUCAGUUCAACGGUGGUGUUCAACGAACAGGAAGGGGGCGGGGGUAUCGUCUCUCCUCCGUUGGGGUGGGACACCGUCAGGACGUUGCUGGCACGUUGCGUUUCACCAUGGAGAGAGUCGCGGAUGCGGCGCGACAUGUCCGUCAGGGUCCGUGACGUUUGUGCUGCAGCCUGUACGCCCUGGAGUCGAGCGGAACAACAAACCUCGCGAACGACGGCUUUUCACAAACGGAGUCGCCGCCAAAGAAAACGUGUGGGGCAGCCUCGAUGAGACGGUACACCUCGCGCGAGAAUGUCGGUGUUAUUCAGGAGCUGCGAGAUCUAGAGUCGCGGUCAACGGAGGUUCGUGCGCACUUCGGUAUGACCCCUCUCUUUUGCUUGGAACAUAAGUCAGGGAUCUCGGCCGGCAAUAUCUGCAAAUGGCAGAAGGAUGAAGACUCUCGUGCAGCAGGCAGCUGACAAGGUGCGGAGUAGUCUGAUGGCGACAUGCACUCAACGGCGGCUGUGGUUCCCUGACGCGGAGAAGAAGCUGUACAAGAUGUCGCUUGCACGACGCAAGAGGAAGCUGCGGGUCUCGACAAGGUGGAUCACGGUCACUUUCAAAAAGCUUAUCAUGGAAAGGUACCCACAAGAUCCACGAGCAAAGGCAUUCCGGCCGUCCUUCCGGUUCGCGCAAAAGUGGGCGACGAGGCACUCGCUGUCUAAGCGGUGGCGGUCUAACUCCAAGAACAAGUCUGUGGCGGAGAGACUGCCGAAGAUCCGGAAAUGGCACAGGGAGUUCCGAAAGCUCCUUUUGGCCAGCCAUUCCCCGGCUUGGAGAAGCGGCAGUGCACGCGACUUCUGCAUGCAAUGGCUGGAGCGCUCUUUUCGCCCGAGCCGAAUGGUAGACGGGAAGGUGCACGAGGAGCAGCCGCUUCUCCUCGCCGACAACCUGCACGGGCAGACAACUGAGGAAUUCCGCAAGCUGUACGGACGAGGUCCAGCCGAUCGACGCCGGCUAUGGACAGCGGCUGAAGGUGGCUGUGGGGGUGCAGCUGGACAAGUGGCUGGACGCGGAGACAACCUGCAAAAGCGGGAGGCCAACGCAUUGACGUGUUCCGAACGUCGCGUGUUGUUUACCAGUUGGGUGGCACAGGCGACCGAGGAGAUCGAUAAAGAUGAGCAGUAUCGGUUCCGUCUCUUCGAGAAAACCGGAUGUGGAAUGACGGCGGAUGGCUCUGGGGACGACAAAAUCAACCUCGAGGGCCUUUCCACAUAUUCCUUCAUGGAUAUGGAGGGUGGCGCCAGCGCUGAUGAGGAGAGCAAGGAGGAUAAGGACACCGGCAAGGUUGACGUGGACCAGCUGUCGGAGGACUCCUCUUCCAGCGAUGAUGAGAGCGACGGAGACGAUGACAACGAUAAGGACCCUGUAAGGAAGCGUCUGGCGAGGGACCCGCUGACCCAGCUCGACGACUAUGACGAAUUGUCGCCUGAGGAAGAAGCGCUGAAGAUGGACAUCCCGGACGGGUUCCGACUCCAGGCGUCUCCACCACCGGCCCUCGAUCAGUCGAUAGUGAAGCGUGGGGUUCUCGUGAAACUCGGGUUGGGUUGGUUCGGAGGCAUGAAGAUGCCGUUGGACUCGUACAACACGGAUGAAGACGCUGCAAUUGGGGCGUGGGUUCUCCUAGAGGUAGACCCAAAGGAAGGGAUCGGGAGGCGCAAAAGGGGAAUUCCCUCCAUGGGGCGACUAGCGCGAGGGAGGCUGGCAGCCGAGCGGUACGCGGAGUGCAUACAACUCACCACGAUCGUAGCUCUGUGUGCGCUUGUGGGAGAGGAAGACCUAUCUAUCUGCUUGGGACGUACAGCCUGCUGCGCUGGCGGAUGUACGAGCAGCUCGUGGCAGCGACAACGAUCUAGGGUAUCCGGUUCGACUACUUCGAGAGGAAGAUUCGAUUUUAAGGAGCUGUUCAGGUUCGAGAAACCUCACUUCCUGGAGCUGUUGGACGCACUCCAGCUACCGGAUAUGUUCGAAGUGUCGCGUGGAGGAUAUGGAGUUCAUAGGGUUUCAGCGAGGCUGGCGUUCGCGGUGACACUGUGGAGGCUGGCGGCACCGACGACUUUGAUUCGCGACAGGAUACUUUGGGGGAUGUCAGAGGCGCUCAUGUGCGAGAUCUUCAACCUAACAACCGAGGCAAUCUUCGAACGCUGGGGUGAUCUUGUGAAUGACUUGCAAGUAAACGCCAUCCUUCCCAAAACCGAUUCGUUCUGCGAGGCCAUUGCCGGCCGCGGAUCACCUCUCACUAGGUGCUGGGGAUUCCUAGGUGGAACUAUUCAUUCCCCGGAUGGCAUCAACUUUGGGGUCCUAUACUCGUCAUUCAACGAUGCGGCGGGCGCACCGUACUACAUUUACGGAGACCCAGCAUACCAGGUAUCCCCAUGGCUGAUGGCGCCUUACAAGGGCUUGUUGUCUGUUGCCGAGGUGGCAUUCAACAGGGCGAUGAGUAGAGUAAGGGUGACUGUCGAAUGGGGCUUCGGCCGGGUCGUGGCGUUGUGGCCUUUCGUCGACUACGUGAAGAAGCAGCAGGUAGCCCUCAGCGCAUGCGGUCUUGGAAAGCAGUACGCGGUGGCUAGUAUCCUGACGAUUUUCCACUGUUGUUUCUACCCAAACUCGACAGCGAAAUGUUGA